AUGGGCGCAUGCUCUUCAAAGAAAUCCACACUAAAAUGCCUUAACCUAGGAAAUCUUUAAAAUAACUUGAUGUCAGAAGGUCCUGCAUCCCCCACGUUAAUUUUCUCGAAAAGAAAAGAUUGCACGCUAGACUUUAAUUACGCAGAUGAGGUGAUCCAACCAACCAAUGUGAUCGAAGAGAAUUAUUUAAAAUAUUAUAAUUAGAUUAGACAUCUGGAUAAAGUCAUUCAAAAUUAAAAUUCUAUAAUUGUUUAGCAUAUUUUGACAAGAUAAAUUUUUAUCGCCGAAGUUUUAGACCAUAACGAAAAAACUAAUAAUUAUAUUAACAGAUUUUCAAACUUAAUUCAUGAAAAUUUAUAGGAAUUUGUUGAAAUAUAUCGCCAUUGCUCAUAGUAUACGAUUAUUAAGAAUUAUUGCAAUGGAGGAAGCUUAGAAUCAUUUAUAUUAAAUGAAUCAAAACAUAUUACUAUUCAUCAAAAAUAAGUUAUUUUAAGAUAGAUUUUAAAUGUCAUCUCAUACUUACACUCAAAAUAUAUUGUUCAUGGUAAUUUAACAUUAAAAAGCUUUGAGAUUGUAGAUUAAUCUUCAAAAAUUUAAUUAAAAUUGGUCGAUUUAUCCUCCACUUUUAUUUCUGAUAAAAAACCUGCCUUAAAGCUCAAAUAUUCAAGUCCUUAAUUAUUAUAAGCACAUCUUGACCAUCAAAUGAUAGAGCCAACCUAUGAGGAUGAUAUUUGGUCUUUAGGAAUCAUUGGAGUUCGAUUAGUUUAUAACUUUUAGCUUUUUACUGGAAAUUCGUUAAGAGACUUUUAAGAAAAUGUGCUUUAAGAAAGAAGAAAUUAGAUUCCUUUCAUAAAUGAUUCAUUUCAUUGUGAAAUCUAAGACUUAUUAAACCAAAUGCUUGAAGUAAACCCUCAAAACAGAAUUUCAAUGAUUGAAAUUUUAGAGUCUUCGCUAAUGAACUCUUUUUAAUUAAAUAUACCAUAAAAAAAUAUCAACACUAAUAUAGUUCCUCUUUAACAGAUAUUUUUUUAUAUGAUGGCUGAAAUGUUUAGUGAUAAUUCUCUUGAAUAUCUCGCUUAAUUAAAAAAUACAAAACGAAUAACUCGAUUUCAACUAGCAACUUUAGUUAGAAAGUAAUUUAAACAUUUAUAUAAUUAAUCAUAAUCUUUAUUUGCUGUCAAUCAAAUUUUUAAAUCACAAUAAGAAUUAUAGUACAUUGAACUCAUUGUUAGAUUUACAGAUAAGAGAUCAAUUAUUACAAAAAAAAACUUAACAAAAGCAUUCUAACACUUUUCAAAUUAAUAAUAAUAUCUAAAACUAAAUGAUAUACUCCCAUUUUUUUAGGAAAGGGAAAUCCCAUUGAAAUAGGCAUUCAAAUAGUUCUCUUAAGAAAAAAUAGAUAUCAUCUAAUUUUUUGCAUUAAUGUUUGAUUAUUUAAAAUAAUAAUGA